AUGGAUAGAUUUCAAAAACAGAGUAGAAAAAUAAAAAGACACAUUGCAGACAUUCAGAACUUUGAAUAUAGAUCUGAACAGCCAUCAAACAGAUCGGUAAAAUUUCUCUCAAUACUGAAAAAUUCCAGAAUUCACAAAAUAAAAGACACACCUAAACUUAAACGUCAUAUCAUGCUGUCACUGAAGGAGGAAACCUUCAUGAAGGAUGUGAUAAGGUUGCUGAGUGAAAUCCAAACCAAAGAAUCGGGGAAAAGACAACUAGACCGCGUCUGGAUCAGCGAUGUGAUGGAAAUCAAGAUGUUCCUUACAAACAUUGAAGGAGAAAAACUACGUCAUAUAACAGAUAUGGUUUAUACUUUUGGAACUGUUGGAUAUCAUGCAGUAACCUCUACCUGUGAUCUUAUUUAUGUCGACGCUGAUGGUAACAUGAUUAAACUAUCCAAAAAUUACAGAAAAAACACAUUGAUAAAGAAUACUGAAUCAAGAAAACCAUCUUGCUUAUAUAUCUCACGAUUAACAGGAGAUCUGCUGGUUGGCAUUUGGGAUAUAGGAAAGGCGGGCAUAGUAAACCGUUACAACAGCACAGGAAAACACAUACAGACCAUUCAAAACAAAUUAUGUAGUCAACCAGUCUACAUCACGGAAAACCGAAAUGGCGAUAUUAUUGUGUCUGAUUGGGAUCGUAAGGCUGUAGUGGUGACAGAGCGUGGAGGAAAACAUCGUUUCUCCUACACAGGACGUUCUUCAUCAUCAUUACCGUCAGGAAUCAUGCCAUGUGGAAUAUGUACAGACGUGUUUUCACUAAUCCUCGUGUGUGAUGCAAACACCCGUACAAUACAUGUAUUAGACAAGGAUGGUAACCAACUGUCGCAAAUAUGGACAAAACAACAAGUGAAAUACUUUCCACAUAGCCUGAGUUAUGAUGAGAAAACUCACCGAUUGUGGAUUGGAUUCAGCAACAACAGA